CGAGUCACUCGCUGAACGAAGGAACAAAAAACCAAGCCCGAAGCUUCCGAGACUGCCUUGCCUACCAGUAUUGUCUGGAACGCUGGCGUAUCUGUUGGUGUUCUGUUGUGCAUCACCCAAGGGCUUGGACGCGAGGGAAAAAAAAAGAACUCUUGAAGGGUCGUGAGACGUGAGGCGUCGACAUUUCUGGAGCCAUCAUGCGGGCCUCGGUCACGGCCGCAGCGGCGCUGGCCCUUUCGGGGCUGGCCUCAGCCGCUAACAUCACUGAAUGGAAGUCCCGAUCCAUCUACCAAGUCAUGAUUGACCGUUUUGCACUUACAGACGGGUCCACGACGGAGGAAUGCGUCGUGCAUCAGUUCUGCGGCGGCACAUGGAAGGGGCUCAUGAACAAACUGGACUACAUCCAGGAUAUGGGCUUCACCGCCAUCCAGAUCAGCCCUGUUGUCAAGAAUAUCGAGGAACACACGUCCGUGGGCGAUGCCUAUCAUGGUUAUUGGUCCCAGGACAACUACGCCCUGAACGAGCAUUUCGGCACCGAGCAGGACUUCGAAGACCUUGUGGCCGAGGUGCACAAGCGCGACAUGCUGUUGAUGCUGGAUGUCGUGGUCAACAACAUGGCCCAGGCUUUCGACAACGUUGUCCCCCCGAAGCUCGACUACUCCAAGUUCAACCCGUUCAACGACGAAAAGUACUUCCAUCCCUACUGCAACGUGACCGACUGGGAAGAUCCCGAAAACUACCAGAAUUGCUGGUUCUAUCCAUACGGUGUCGCCCUCGCCGAUCUAAACACAGAGUCGGACGCGGUUUCAGAUGAGUUGAACAGCUGGGUCAAGGGCCUCGUCGCCAACUACUCGAUCGACGGUAUCCGUAUCGAUGCCGCCAAGCACGUCAACGACGAAUUCCUCCCCAAGUUUGUUGAGGCUUCUGGCGUGUUUGCUCUGGGCGAGGUGUUGACAGGCCUGACCCAAGACAUGUGCCGGUACCAGACACUUGGGCUUCUCCCGGGUAUGCCAAACUACCUGGAGUACUACCCCUUGUUGGAGGCUUUCAAUGGCGGCACCUUUGAGAAUGUCACCAGAAUACGGGACGAAGCUGCAACCGGCUGCAACGACACGCUCGCCCUAGGAAGCUUCAUUGAGAACCACGACAUGCCUCGAUUUGCGAGUCGCACCGAAGAUCUCGCCCUUGCCAAGAAUGCCAUGACUUAUAUUCUCCUCACCGACGGCAUUCCCACGGUCUACCAGGGCCAAGAACAGCACUUCAAGGGCAACAGCACUCCUUUCAACCGAGAGCCCCUCUGGAGCUCGGGCUACAACAAGUCGGCCCCGCUCUACGUGCUGACAUCGACGCUGAACAAGCUUCGAAACAACGCCAUCAAACUCUCUUCUGAGUACAUCUCGACGCCUGCCGAGACUCUGCACACCGAUGUCAACCAUCUCUGUCUCAGGAAGGGUCCCGACGGCACCCAAAUUGUGUUUUGCGUCACAAACAAGAGCAGCAGCGGAGACAGCUACGAAAUGACGGUCGGCGGCUUCCAGCCCAAUCAAAAUGUUGUCGAGGUCCUGAGUUGCAAAACCAGCACGGCCAACGGCGUGGGCACUCUGACCAUGUACAUGGGGAAGGGCGAGCCAAAGGUGUAUGUUCCGGCUGCGGCGCUAAAGGACACGGGGAUCUGCGGCACGACAACGGCAGAUGGGCCGGUGAGCGGCGCAGCAGCCGUGCGGGGGACAGGUAGGGCCCUGCUCGCUGCCCUUGUUGUUGGAUGGGGGAUCAUGGCCCUUGCAUAACGCUAUCGAUCCUAUGCAGGAGGAUCCAGAUCGAUCUUGUGCAGAAGGAUUUGGAUCGACGCGGAGGUAAGUCGCGCGGGCAGAUCCUGAUCCUUUUGAUCCUGAUCUGUACAAUUAUGUAUGCAACACGGUGUACCUUCACUGUAUCAUGU